AGUGCCCCCGCUGUCGGCAUCUCCAGGAUCCAGAGCUGCUGAGAAUGGCUGACACUGAAUUCGAAGAAUUUCGACAAUAUUUCGACCAAUUACCUCAGCAUCUAAAAGCUCCAAUUUCUAAUUACACGCUCGUUCAUGAUGUCAUAGUUGAUGAUUCCCCAACAUCAUCGCAAGCAAGUGAUGGAGAUGUUGUCCAGACAUGUCCUGGAGUUGUAGUUGAUUCAGAUGAUGAAGACACUGGUGUGAUUCAUCGUCAUGAUAAUCAGAGUGGUCAUACUUCAGGUGAUGAUAGUGAGGAUCUCGACCAACAUUCUUCCAUAGUCGCCGACAGUGAUUUCAGUUUGUUCGGCGGCCUAAGCAGCAGGGGUCGACAUACCAGCCUUAGUGGUGGUGUUUCAAGUGGAGGAAGACGUGAUAGUGUUGUAAGUGAUGCUGGGGGAUCGUGUUCAAGCCUUGGAUCAUGUUGGCCUACUCCUGAACAUGCACCCAAUAGACCUGGAAGCAGUGGAAAUGAACGAAGGCGAAGACGGUUGCCUGAAAUACCUAAGAAUAAGAAAGCAACAAAUGGUAAUCUACCUCUUCAUUCAUCCCCAUCAUUGGCUGAUGAGCUAGCAGGAGUUACAUCAGGAAGACCUCAUUUAAUAUUAAGAAAAUGUCAUUCAAGAAUAUUACAUGAAGAUUCUUCACCAGAUAGUGAAAGAAUGACAACAGAUAGCGGUCAUAGUACAGCUCAUUCACCAGAUAAUGGACCUAAAAGUGUAUCUCCCAUUCCGUGUAAUACGCUACAAAAUACUGAUUCUGCAUCACCAAGCAGUACUCCAGGAAGUGGAGGUAUACCUUUUACACAAUUAGAGCUUUUAGAAGCAACUCAUCGUGGCCUACACAAAUUUAUUCCUCGACAUCAUGAUGAAAUUGACCUAGAAAUUGGAGAUCCUAUUUAUGUUCAGAAAGAAGCCGAUGAUUUAUGGUGUGAAGGUGUAAAUCUUCGAACAGGUCGUCAAGGAAUAUUUCCAUCAGCUUAUGCUGUAGACAUGGAUUACAGUGAUUUUGAUCCUUCAGCACCUAAAGUAAAACGAGAACGUUAUCUCUUGGGAUAUCUCGGAUCAGUUGAAACAUUAGCUCAUAAAGGAACCGGUGUUGUAUGUCAAGCAGUUCGUAGGAUUGUUGGAAAUACAGCCAGUGAUUCGCCAGAAUCACAGAGUUGCAUCCUUGAAGUUUCAGAUCAAGGCUUACGUAUGGUUGAUAGAAGGAAAUCAAAACAGAAAAAUCAGGGACCAUGUCAUGAUUAUUUCUACUCUUUAAAAAAUGUUUCUUUUUGUGCUUUUCAUCCACGAGAUCAUCGAUAUUUAGGCUUUAUCACAAAGCAUCCAACACUGCAAAGGUUUGCAUGCCAUGUGUUUAUCGGUCAAGAAUCUACGAGGCCUGUUGCAGAAGCUGUUGGGAGAGCUUUUCACCGAUUUUACACUAAAUUCAUUGAGACUGCUUUUCCUAUAGAAGAUAUCUAUAUUGAAUAAAGUUAUUCCUGAAGUUAGAAUUUACUUUUAUGGCGAAAUAAUUUUUCCCGCCGAAUUUUAAUAAAAAUCCUUGUAAAUACACCCCAAGUAAGCUGUAGAUAUAUACAUAUAUAAAUAAAUAAACAAACACAAA